AUGGCCUCUGCUUUUGCUCCUCCCUUCCUCUCUCCACCUCCAUUCUCUCCCCAAAUUGCCCUCCUUUUUCCCAAAACACCCCCACUUCGCGCCUCAAGGCGCCAAACCGUCCCGAGAUCAGCGCUCCGAGAAUGGAGGGAGUACGAAGAAGCCGUGAAGCGCAAGGACCUCGCCGGCGCUCUUGGGUUCUUGCAAUCCCUCGAGACCCGACAAACCCAACAAGUUGAGAUUGAGAUCGUUGAUGGGUCGUUGCCUGUUGAGUCGACCCGGCCGAGUCGGGAGCUGGGUUUUGUGGGGUGGGAGAGGGAGAGGGAUUGGGAGGUCCUGGACACGUGUCUUAAUGCUGACAACAUGAAGCUUGUGGGUAAAGCUUAUGGCUUUCUCAAGGAUAGAGGCUUCUUGCCCAAUUUUGGCAGAUUGAGGAACAUUGUAAUGGAGGGAACACGUGAUGUUACACCGACUGUGUUGAAGACUUCAACCGGUUUAGAAGCAUCGAAAUUUGCUCCUAAGAAGUGGGGUCUAUCAGGAAGUUCUCGUCCUGCGCUGGUUGCUUUUCUUGGCGGGCUAUCUUUUCUUCUUUCUCAAGGCAUUGAUAUCAGGCCUAACCUUACGGUAAUAUUGGGGCUAGCAUUUGCGGACUCUAUCCUCCUUGGUGGUUGCUGCUUAGCUCAAAUUUCCAGUUAUUGGCCUCCAAAUAGACGUCGGAUCCUCAUCCAUGAAGCAGGGCAUCUCCUAACUGCUUAUCUAAUGGGUUGUCCCAUUCGUGGGGUGAUAUUAGAUCCAAUUGUUGCAGUGCAGAUGGGAAUUCAAGGACAGGCGGGAACUCAGUUUUGGGACGAGAAAAUGGCCAGUGACCUUGCUGAAGGAAGACUUGAUGGUAGUGCUUUUGACAGGUACUGCAUGGUGCUUUUUGCAGGCAUUGCUGCUGAAGCUCUUAUUUAUGGGGAGGCAGAGGGUGGAGAAAAUGAUGAAAAUUUAUUUAGGGGUGUCUGUCUUCUUCUGCAACCCCCAUUAUCUGUUGCUGAGAUGUCAAAUCAAGCAAGAUGGUCUCUUCUGCAAUCUUACAAUUUGCUCAAAUGGCAUAAAAGUGCACACCGAGCUGCAGUUAAAGCUUUAGAAAGUCGCAGCAGUUUGAGUGUUGUAAUUAGAAGCAUUGAGGAAGCAAUGGCAGCAAAUAGGGGAACAAAAGUAAAUUAAAAAUUAAAAUGACUUCUUUCCAUAUGGGGCACAAGGACAGGAACAUAAAAGAUUUAAAAUGUAAGAAAAGCCUCUUUCUAUAGUGCAGUCAUAUUCUUCUGAGAAUGUCAUACCUGAUCCCUGUAAACAAUUCAGAUCUACAAUUGACAUGAAGAAUUGUCUUCCAGCAAGCAGGUUAGUCUUUCAAGAAUGAAGAUCCUCAGUUAAGUGUAUACUACAGAGAAAUGACGAUUUUGUAUGCCCCUGAAUUAUUAGUUCCGACGUAUGCUUGAGUCCUUCCCAAACAAUUCUUAUUU